CCGAGAUUCUUAUUAGACGAAAAUAAACAUAUUUUGCCUGAAUUUGUGUAUAAAAGCUUUAAAAUACGUGGAAUUAUCUAUCUAGUGAUUUACUAUAGUGGGAUUAUUCAUAUAUUCACAUUGAAUUUCCACGUUUUAACUUGAUUUCUGUAUGAUAAUAGCAAAAAUAUCAUAAAAUAACCUCUUAAUUUUCCAAUGCUAUGAUUUUUCCUGUAUGAGUUUUCAUUGUCUAAUUGGAAUCUAGAAAAAUGUGGUGAAUAAACAAAAGAAAAAGUGCGUCAUCGAUGUCGGAUGCACCGGAUGCACUAUCCAGACCGGACAUCAUAAAUUAUUUGACGUUAAAUUAACUUGACAUAACAAUAACAAUGUCGAAUGUUGACGUAAAUUACCCAUGCGCGGACCGCCAUAAACCGGUCGAUAAUCAAUAGCCUGAAGAGCACAGGAUAUCUAGAUUCAGGUCUUGUCUCUUUCGAACUACCCCUUCCUACUGCCCCUACCUACGACCCCUGCAUCUCGCCGGGCUCGCCACCUUUAUUGAUUUGAGUGCAGUUCGGUGAGCGGGUCAUUCUACCCGGUGCUCCAAUGCAGGGCAGUUUCAAGAUCCAGCUCAUCAACAUGGGAACUCGGGCGGCGGCAUAGUUGUAUGAGGGGCGUCGUUGAGUAGUGCUUUAUAUGUGUCCAAAUGCAGGGACCACAGGAUACCAUGCAGUAUUCGGUUUCGGAUUCAGAGCUGAGCUUGAAAGUUACAGCAAAAAUCCGCAGCCUGUACGACGCCCAGCUGCGGCUGCAACACAACAUACAGCCGUUGCCCCUCGGCACUGACAUUGCCAACACCGUCAAGUACUUCUCGCAGACCUUACUCAGCGUCCUCAAAGAUGUACCCCGCUCUCCACUGGAGAUGCUGCGAGAUGCAGACAAUGACGGUGAGAGGAUGGGCCUGUACCCCAACCUGGACUACAAGAGCUUGUUCAACGCGCUCUCGGGGCUCGUCGACUCGACGCCGCAUCUGCAGUAUGGGACGCUGCCAUUCGGGCAAGCCAUCCUACAAUGUCUGGGCUGCCUGCUGCCCUUCCUGGAGUACGACAUGAUAGACAACCUUCCGUUCCUGGUGGCCUACUGCGUCGCCAUGUUCCCCGUGGCGCUGCACCAGGAGAUCUUGCAUCUGCUGUCUUAUUACAUCCUGCCGUUUACCAUCACUCGCAAGUAUGCAGGGAUGGAGGAAGAGAGCCAGGCGUCUCAAUCCGUGGCUGCCAUCAUCAUGAUGGUAUUCCAGCACUCCAAUAAUCCAGCGCACCACUGCCAGCUGCUGGAGUGCCUGAUGUCGAUGAAGCAGUGGGUGGUGAAGGACAUCCUGUGCGUCAUCGCCUACGGCACGUGGGGCGCGCGCCUCUCCGCCGCCAAGCUGCUGUUCUACUACUGGCCGCCCUUCGACGCCAAGCUCUUCGAUCGGAAGGGACUGCUCUGCAAGUUUUCUAACGACCUGGUCCCGUUCCUGUGCCAGCGCGACAUGUGCCCCAACGCGGGCAGCGCGGAGGCCGCCAAGGUCUGCUACGACCACUGCAUCAGCGUCACCUUCGCCUCCGACAGUCCGCCGCCACUCUACCUGUGUAUCGAGUGCGCUAAUGAAAUACAUCGGGAACAUCCUAACCAGCGGUUCUUCGACAUCCUACAUCCUCAACAACAAGUGUCGAUGGUCUGCGAGAAUAAGAACUGUCGCUCGACCGAUAAGGCUGCGCUUCGGCAUCUGUUUGUGGACCCGAUAUAUUCCAUCUGUUUCUCCAACGAGUGCGCCAGUUAUAAUGGAAACCAUCCUAUCAGAUACUGCCAGCAGUGCCACGGUAACCGCCACAACAGUAGACGCGGCGGGGACCACGUCGUCCACACGCGCCUGCCGCUGGCCUGGCAGAUGGACAGCGACAUGCAGACCAACCUCGUCGAGGCCAUCAUCAGCCUACUGAAAGAAGCCAAGCCAAUCAACAUGGAGGACCCUGACAGUUCCACCGAGCAGUUGAAGCCUCCGCUUAGCGUUGACUUGCCUGAUCCCAUCUCCGUUGAAGAUCGACAGCUGCUUGGCAGAUAUGGAGUAUGGCUGAUGGUGGGUUUGUGUACUCCAAACCCUGACACUCCCGAUGAGAUCCUGGGACGUCUGCUGUCUGUUCUGUUCCACUGGUUCCACGUCACUUCCUUCUCUUAUACAGGCGAGACGGCGAGUACGGUGGAGAAGCUGAAGAUAGAGCACGUGUGUGGAUGGGUGCGCAGUAUCGCGGAGUCCCACCGCGGGGUCCUGGUCGCAUGUCUCCUGCCGCACCCGCCGCACUACACGCGCCAGGCGGGCCACUGGGACAACCUCGCCUCCAAGACGCACCAUCUCAAGGACGGACUCAACAGACUGUACUGCCUGAUCCCGUACGGCAUCAUCACGCAGUCCAUCUGGGACUACAUCAUGCCGGCCUGGAUGGAGGCCAUCUGUACUGAUGUCCCGGAGAAGGAACUGAUGGAGCUGAAAGUCCCCCUAGGCAAGAUCUUGGAGCCGGAAGGUGCUAUGGUGGGUGUGGAUGAGAAGAACCUGUACAAGUUCGCAGUGCUCAAGGUCACUGAUACUCCUACUCCUGACACAGUUCUACCUGUGUUGGAGUGGUUCCAGACGAUAUCAAUGUUGGACGUCCGCAUCCCUCUGAACCAGUUGUUCGAUCUCUUCAGCCACUGCGUCGUCAACUUGCCGGAGAAGAUAUUCAAACCACCUACUCUAGAUGGUUCGAAACCGAAAGACUCGAAGGAGUCCCCCAGCAACGCGGACAAGGAGAAGAAGGACAAGGACGACCAGAUGAAGCCGCAGAACCUCACCUGCUGCAUACUCAUGCUGGAUAUACUGCUCAAACAGAUGGAGCUACAACAGCGCCGUAUAAACAGCCAGAACGUGAGCAGCGAGGCCACCAAGUUACUACGUCUCAUGCUGAAGUCCAACCAGACCAACACUAUUGAACAUGCGGUGUGCCAGGCGGAGGGCGCGUGUUCGUACUGCGAGGCGGCCGCGCUCUGGCACCAGCUGGCUGUACUACUCGUGCGGGCGCUCGUACCCGACCGGCCCCGGCCUGAGGCAUCAGUAGAAGACCUAUGGGCAGAACCGUCAUGCCACAAGAAGGCUCCCUCAGAGGAGGAACGCAGCAAGUCGGGCGGUACUCCAGCGACGUCAGUAGACGCGCUGAUGUCCAUGGCACACCCACUACACGAGCGGGGCGCCGGCGCCGUUGGCGGAGUACUUGUUCACAUGCCACAUUUUGUUCAUUUCAUGCAACUCUCUCUCAUAAGCGACGUGGGCUCGGAUGCCACGAUCACUAAAUCUUCGGGCGACACACAAAUAAUGACGGCGACGGUGGAGACGAUAACGGAGCAGUUGGACAUGGCGGUGUCGCUGCCGCCCGCCGACGCGCCCGCGCUCGCCACCGCGCACACCGUCACGCUCACCGACACCGACGUCGCCACCGCCACCGCCGACGUGUCAACACCAAACCUACUAGGCGACCAUGAGAACAUGGCAGAGUCAGUAGAAGACGAUAUGACGAACUUCUGGCCGACGUCUGCCGGCAAGUUCCACUUCUGUAUCGAAGAACUGCCGCAAGAGUUGCAGUACAUCCAUCAAUUACUACAGGAGUUGAAGAGCACCUCUCGUCCCGACGUACUGUACCACCUCCUGCAGUGCUUGCAAGUGCUGGUGCUGAGUACUGAUGCGCUGGCAGACCAUCGCGGCUUCCUCAUCUGGUGCCAGGAGAAUCUGCUCAUUGACAACCUAUGGAACGUAUGCAACGCGUCCCACUCGCACAUAUGUUCGGUGGCGGUGCCCGUACUGCUGCACUGCGUGACCCUGGCGGGGGGGGCCGAUGUCUUCUGCAACCUCAUCCGGGACCAGUUCCACCACCACGACUACCACGUCCGGUUCACGGCUGUGGAACGAGUCACUAUUAUUAUUAGAUUCAUGGACGGGUCCCCGGUGAAGACCAGCCUUCCGCUGCAGACGGCCCUGGCCACCGCCUUCUGCUACCUGAUCUCCAGCAUGGACGACAUCAACGUGUACGUGGCACAGCGCGCCACCCUGUACAUUGGCACCGUGCACGACAACGCUAUCGAUUUACUCCUAUACUGCUUGGAGACGCAGUUCGACCUGGUGAUAGUGGAUCGUCCGAUGAUCCUCCAGUCCAUCUACCAGCUGCACAACACGCUCAGUGACCGCAAGAUCCUCACGUGGGAGUUCUUCCUCAACAGAUUCGAAGCCCUCUUCCUCGAAGCACAGAUCAAUUCUAACAAGACUAUUGACUUUUCUAAUUUGAGAGAACUAGUAAGCAGCGAAACAAGUUCGGAAUGGUUCCUGUACAAGGUGCGCCGUGCUCACGAAGCUCUCAGCGUGUCGGCGCGGGACACCAACGUGAACACGCUCAGCGCGUCCUUUGGGACCAAGUGGCCGUACAAGAGGACCAUAUCGGCGCCCGCUACUAUGCCGCCUCAUCCUGAUACUAGACAUGAACGCGAGAAAGUAUACUCGCGCCAGUACUCAGCGCCCCUGCUGAAGCGGAAGACGUCCCGGUUCGGGCUGGGGCAACUACUGGCCGCGCCGCAACCACUCGGCACGGCGCAGCGGUCCAACAAUACACAUGGGUUUCUUGACUUAGACGGGUUCCACUCGAUGUCGGGCCGGUCCGAGGACACACUGACCACUAUCCUGCCGAAAGCCGUGGACCUCGAGGAGGCUGACCGCGAGACCACCAACUUGCUGGUGUUCCUACUCAUGCAGUUCUUGUCCAGAUCCGACCAAGCGCACCCCAUGGAAGACAAGCAGUCCUCGAAGACGCAGGAGUUGGUACUGAAGCACCUGUUCCUGUUGCUCGGCUACAACUGCGUCGAGAAGUACUUUCAUAUAUCACCGUUUACAUUGCGGCAAUCGUCGAUUUUCAACGCGUUCAUGGCCAACUUGCCUCAAGUGUUGGAUCAGAACCAUGUGAUGGGCGCCAGCAUCGCCGAGCCGACCUUGCUGUUGCUGCAGUAUUGUUGUGGCGGCGGCGCGGGGGGCGGCGCGGGCGCAGGCAGCCCGCAGUCACUGGGCGCGCUGCAGCCGCAUGUACGCAGGCACUGGCUCAUGGCACUACUCGUCGUACUCUACAAGUACCACUACGGCGCGGGUAGCACAGUGGGUCUGGUGAGUGCACUAGUCCGAGUGGUGCUGAGUUCUGUGGAGGCGCAGUACCACGCCUGCAAGAGGAUACCACCCAUGCUCGUCAUGCCCAGCGCUGCCAGGGCCAGAGACCUAAGCCAGCCGUCUCUAAAGACGGAGCACGAGGCGCCAUGCGCGGGCCCCGCGGGUCCCCCGUGCGCGGGCCCCACGACGAGCGCGGAGCGGCCCGGGGGCAGCCCGCUGCCGGCGCUGGACCGCGGCAAGCCCAAGCUGCACCACAAGUCGCCCGCGCACAUGCACACGCACUGGGAGGAACCCACCAACUCCAACAAGUACCAGCAGUGGAGUCUGGAGCAGGAGUCGUCGGAGAGCGAGCUGAUUGCCAUCCCGGAGACGAGUGACAAGUCGGAUACCACUGUACAUGGCAGUACGGCACCGGGUUCAUUCGACGAGCCGUCCCACUACGAGGACCCACCAAAGGUAGAAACGCCCGCCACUACAACCGCUUACCCGCCGCUCAGUAAAAUCCCAACCCUGGGGUCGCGUUCAGCACACCAACUGUCCACCAGUUCCUCAGUGUCCAUCGGCAGCGACUCGUCGAACCUAAAGUCAACACCUAUGAGCGGUCAGUCAGUGGAGAUCUGGCCCGAUCAGAUCCAUCAGCAGACGUCUCCACGAGCCAAGAUAUUGGGCAAACAGAAGAGAAUCAUUGUGGGCAGUAGCACAUCUCCGGACACGGCGCCCUCGUCCAAUGGCGACGGCCAGUUCGGACAGUGGCCACACGCACGCUCUCCUCCACAGCAUCACAUCAAGAGCCCAGCUAAGAACGUAGGCUAUGCGUACGCGUCGCCGGAGUCUCCUCUAUCCAAGAUGGAGGUCGCUUGGAACGCGCCUCCUCCUACAAUGCAGCAACACUCACACCAGCCCUUCCAUAUACCACCACCUGAACGGUUGCUACCAAUCGGUCCCAAGCCCAACAAGGAGCAGUAUCCAGUGUUCAACGCCCUAGUGGACCGAGUCAGGGAGGCGUUGAGUUUACCACCAGAUGAUUCAACAGACAACACUGGAUCGUCUCGGUCUGACGGCGAUGCUACUCCCACCCCCACACCCACCAGCAGGCCUCACGAAUUGAACAAGAAAUCCUCUGAAAGUACCAGGUCACCGCGUCGCUUAGCCAGACAAGUGGCGCAAACUGGAUCGCCGCCACAUCAACAUACUACUGACUGUGGUGGUUGUGGAGGCUGCGGCGGGUGGUGGGAGGGGGAGUCCCGCGCUGGGAAGCGGGCUGCGCAUGCGCACGCUGCGCCACAUCGACCGGACCAUGAACUCUGCUACCGCUGUGCGGAGUGUGGCACUGCGGUGGAACAGUACAGCGACGAGGAGUUGGGGCUGUGCAUCAUAGUGCUGGCCACCUUCGUGCACAGGGAGCCGGCCGCCGCCGCCGCCAUGUUGCCUGCGCUACUGCAUAAUGUCAGCAGAGUGGUCCAGCUGGGCAACUACUCGUGGCAGGCGGAGACCAACACGCGCCUCCCCGGCAGCGCCGUGUUCGUGGCGCACCAGUUCCUGCGCUGCGUGCUGCACCAGCUCGCGCCCAACAACGUCUUCCUGCAGAUCUUCCUGCAGCGGACGCCAGGUACCACUCCAUCAUUAUCAUAUUGCCUCCCCGGCAGCGCCGUGUUCGUGGCGCACCAGUUCCUGCGCUGCGUGCUGCACCAGCUCGCGCCCAACAACGUCUUCCUGCAGAUCUUCCUGCAGCGGACGCCAGGUACCACUCCAUCAUUAUCAUAUUGCCUCCCCGGCAGCGCCGUGUUCGUGGCGCACCAGUUCCUGCGCUGCGUGCUGCACCAGCUCGCGCCCAACAACGUCUUCCUGCAGAUCUUCCUGCAGCGGACGCCAGGUACCACUCCAUCAUUAUCAUAUUGCCUCCCCGGCAGCGCCGUGUUCGUGGCGCACCAGUUCCUGCGCUGCGUGCUGCACCAGCUCGCGCCCAACAACGUCUUCCUGCAGAUCUUCCUGCAGCGGACGCCAGAGAAGCAACGGCAGAUGUUCUUCAAGAGCAUUGCGCAGGCGUUCGUGGACUUCAACGAGUUGUAUCCAUGCGGGCCGCUACAGCUGGUCGUGGAGCAUCUCAAUUCCAAGAAGACUUUACCCGUCGAUCAAAUGGGCGUGAUAGCGGGCAACAUCGCGAUGUACCUGGAGUGCCUGGCGCCCGAGGCGCUGGGCCCGCUGGGCGCGUGCGCGGCGCUGGUGGGUGCGCUGGACGCGCUGCUGCGGGCCGCGGCGCUGCUGCUGCACCAGCUCGACGACGUGCUGCCGCUGCUGCGCGCCGCCACCGCCGCGCUGCGCAUCCCCGCCGCCGCGCAGCACAAGAGCAUCCUGGAACCAAUAACGAAGAUCAUAAGCUACGGAGUACAGAACUUCGUGCUGAAACUAUCGGUGAUAUCGGAGCUGAGCGUGGUGUGUACCCGCGUGUUCAGCCGCGACAGGGACAAGCUGCUGGUCUGCAGGGUGCUGGUCUACGAGCUGGUGCAGGCGCUGCGGACCAAGACCACCAUACCUGAUGAUAACCUGUUUAUACUCAUACAGUUUGUGCUGCAAGGCCACGGCUGCCGCCUAGUGCUUCCACCGCAGCUAUCUGGUGGGGAACUGGCCAGCACCUGUAUGGACGCCCGGGAGAUAGCGGCCGGCGCCGUGGACUGCAUGCGGCCGCAUCUACCCGACAUGAUUGAACUGCUGCAGGAUCCGCAUCUACUUAAUAAGAUCAAGGGAUCCGUCUCCAAAUCGAUCGUGAACCGCAAUCUAAUAUGCCUGAAUGAGGACACGUUGGGCGCUAUAGUGAAGGGCGGGAUAGCGCAGUACGUGGCCAUGGAACUGGCCCUGGAACACAGCCGCGGGCGCCAGGACCGCGCGCAGCCCGCCAGGCAUAUGACGCCGUGGAUCAGCACCUCGCUGCCUGGGUGUCGCGAGGUGUGCGAGUGCGUGUCCCGCGUGCGCGUGGUGUCGUGGCUGGUGAUGGGCGCGCUGUGCAACGCCACGCAGGCCCCGCACCCCGCGCAUCCAGGCCUGCAGCCCCCGCACCAGCCCGUGCCGCAGGACGCCACCUGCCAUAUUACUGACUACAUACAGACGAUAAUGUCGUCGUACGUGGAGGCGGGGCGCGGCGGGGGCGGCGCCCGGCUGGCGGGGCUGCUGCACGCGUUCGUGCUGUGCCAGCUCUGGACCCUGUACCUGGAGCACCUGGCGGCGGGCGCGGCGCCGCCCUCCGAGCCGCACUACACCACCACCUGCCUGCUGCUGGACUUCUGGUGCAAGCUCGUGCCCAGCAUCCUGCAGGUCACCGUGCAGUCCAAAGUGCUGGCAGAGACGGUGAACCUCCACUUCCUAAGUCUACUGGAGUCGCUGCUCGAGUGUAACUCCACCGUGCUGAACAAACUGCUGCCCUUGUGGAGUCCUAUACUGCACUCACCGUUGUUCAAUAUGCCGCGGCAUGUGUGGCAGCGCCUGUGCGUGGUGACGGGCGCGGCCCCGGGGGGGGCGGGCCCCCCCCGCGACCUGCAGGCCGCGCAGCGCCGCCUGCACCGCCUGCUCGCCAAGAUGGCGCAGCUGGAGCUGCAGCCGCACUCCUUCUACUUCAUAUAACGGACUACUAGUACUACGAGCGAAUCUGAACUCUCUGCCUCGAUCA